GAUCCAAGGACACUGAGAAGGUGAAAAACAAGAAAACUUUGAAGCGUGGGCUCGUUGUUUGUGGUCUUCGAUGUUCCAGUUUGGUGUUUGGUCGUCAUGCUUAUGAAACUGUAGAUACAGUGGUGUCUGAAUGAUUUGUACGGAUCUCUCCCGCUCAUUCUAACUGUCUGUUGAGAAAUGUUGCCGAGCUUGGGGUGCACUUGAGCUGUAAAGUUGAAGUGAAGUGCCAGGGUUGCUUUGGAAGCAUAGAAUGAGCAACUCGGUCUAAAGGCAAUAACCAGUGCUUUGUAGACACGAACAAAAGCGCACCUCGAUCAAUUCGUGCAUCAUCAGCCAUCAAAAUGAGGACCAGAAGCAACUCUGGGGUCCGACUCGACUACUAUAGGGACAUGCUGUUCAACACCGUGUUGUGCCACCAGCAUCCUGUGACAGGACUGCUGCCUGCGAGCAAAGGCAGCCAGCAUUCCUGGGUACGAGACAAUGUGUACUGUGCCAUCGCGCUGUGGGGCCUCUCGAAGGCGUACAAGAAGUACUCCGACCUCGACGAAGAGCGCUCGAGGACGUACGAGAUGGAGCAGCGCGUUGUGAAGAUCAUGAGGGGUCUCCUGACAUCAAUGAUGUUCCAGAAGGACAAGGUGGAGCGCUUCAAGAGCUCGCAGUCGCCGAAGGACGCGCUGCACGCCAAGUACAGCACAACCACCGGUUUCACCUGCGUCGGUGACAAUGAAUGGGGCCAUCUCCAGCUCGACGCCACGUCUCUCUUCCUCCUCAUCCUGGCACAGAUGACCGCGUCAGGCAUCAAGCUGGUCUACAGCCUGGACGAGGUCACUUUCAUCCAGAACCUUGUCUUCUACAUUGAGAUCUCCUACUUCACCCCGGACUAUGGCAUCUGGGAGAGAGGGGACAAGACCAACCACGGCCUGCCUGAGCUCAACGCCAGCUCCAUCGGAAUGGCCAAAGCCGCCAUGGAGGCGCUCAACGACCUGGACCUCUUCGGCGCGCACGGAGGGCCCGCCUCGGUCAUCCACAUCCUUCCCGACGAGGUCCAGAAGUGCCAGGCCGUGCUGCAGUCCAUGCUUCCCCGAGAGAGCAUCUCGAAGGAACUCGACAGCGGGCUGCUCUCCAUUAUCGGCUUCCCCGCGUUCGCCGUCAGCGACGCGGCCACAAUCAACGCGACGCGACUCGCAGUGGAGGAGAAACUCCUCGGGCGCUACGGAUGCAAACGCUUCCUCCGCGACGGCUACAAGACGGUCAAAGAAGACCCGAACCGGCUCUACUAUGAACCCUGGGAGCUUCGCGUGUUUGAUAACAUCGAGUGCGAGUGGCCGCUGUUUCUCUGUCUCUUGGCAAUCGACCAGUGUUACCAAGGCAACCGGGAAGCCAUGGACAAACACAUCCUCUCGAUUGAAGAACUCAUGAUCAAAACUGACGACGGACAGAAACUCGUGCCAGAAAUGUACCAAAUUCCGCCCGAAUCUCUCGACGCCGAGAGAGCCGACCCGGGAUCUCAGCGCCGCAGGCCUGUCGGUCGAGUACCGUUCUUCUGGGCGCAGAGUCUGUACGUGAUCGCGAAACUUCUCCAAGAAGGCUGCAUCCAGGAGUCGGAGCUGGAUCCGCUGAACCGGCGGCUGGGUGCGGAGAAGAAGCCCGAUGUGGUGGUUCAGGUGGCGAUUCUGGCGGAGAACAAGCAUGUUCAGCAGAUCAUGGCCGAACAUCAUGACUUGCAGGUCCAAACCGUCGACGAGGUCUACCCGAUAGAGGUCCAGCCUGCUCGAGUCCUCGGGAAGCUCUUCACACAUCUGGGUCUGAACAAGAAGCUCUGUCUGUCCGGCCGAACCACCCUCGACGUGGGAAGCCUAGGCACCAGCAUCCUCUACUCCCUACAGGGUCAGGUCUUCGCCUUCACACCCCAGUUCCUGGACAUGGAUCGGUUCUUCUUCGCUUCGGAUGCUCAACUGGUCAUCGACAUUCUCGGGAGUGAGAUCUUCUUCCUGCAGAGUGCUUGGACGAACAUGAUGGGGCGGCCACUGGUGACGAUUGUCUUCCAAGAGAGGCUCCUGGAGGAUGGCAUGGUCCCUGCGCCCUAUGUACAGACCUUCCGGAAGAUCAAGACGGGGUACCUCAACGCUACGAGGGUGACGCUUGGGACAAUCCGGGACUUCGUCAACACCUCAUGCCUCUCGAGUCUGGAGUUCCUAAAUGAUCAUGAAGCGGGAAGAUCGGACAGUCUGAAACCUGAGGUUCGCCAGUACCUCGACCAUCACCUCCGCAAGGGGCUGGUCGUAAGGAGGUCCUCGGCACUGGAUGGGAUCCGACCGGGCAUCCGCCCGCAGACCUCCCUCACGAGAAAGAUGAGCCAUCGAGGUGCGGUCCGUCGCACGAGAAGUGUGUAUGGUGACGACACCCUUCCUCCAGCUUCUCUGGACUCGGCGUUCUGUCUAACACGACGCAAGUCCAUUCGCCGGGCUUCGCUCUCCGUCGCGCAAGACGACAACCUCGAUCGGGUUCCCGAAGACGAAGCACUCGCCGAUGCGACCGCACGAGCUCGUCUCAACAGUGACGAGGUUGGCGAUCCUCCCGAAAGCUUCCACGGAGUUCGUACCGAAUCCGACGUCCAGUAUGACGAUGUUGGAAAUGAAGACCUCAUCACCAUGCUUCGUGACACACACGAUCUCGAAGAACGCGGUGACAUCCUGCACUUCCUGGCUGUCGCCAACGGACUUGGCUUCCAGCUGGACCUCGGUGGAAGAAGGUUUACCGUACGCGAGCUGUACGAUGACCUAUAUGAGUCGGCAUGUAGACAGAAACACUGGGCUAUGGUGCGGCAUACGGCGGGCAUGCUGGGAAAGAAGAUGGCCGACCUGGCGGAGGCCGUGACGGCUAUGCUGGUCCGACAGAAGCAGAUCACGGUCGGCGCCCCUCCCAACGAGGUAACCAUCAUCGCUCCGCUCCCCGCCGGGGAGUUACGUCAGCUCAUCCACAAAGCACACGGGAAGGACGAGACGACAGCCAUGCUGACCCAGGAGUUGCUGCUCUAUAUGAGCAUGCUGAUCCGGGUGGAGCCGCAGCUGUUUGCAGAGAUGCUGAGAUUGAGAGUGGGGCUGAUCAUACAGGUGAUGUGCGGCGAGCUACAGCGUCUCCUCAAGUGUGCCGCCGACGAGGCUACGGAAACCCUCGUCAAUCUCUGUCCCUUCGACAUGAAGAACCUCCUGUACCACAUCAUCUCCGGCAAAGACUUCGGCCUCACCUCCGGACCCAGCGGACGCUUCAACGUGCUCUCGCGCCGGUCGGCUAAGGUCUCGAAGAAGUCUGAGAUCAAAGGUCUAGUGAGUGAUGUGCUGACGGCUGAACCGGCAGAGUUGGAGGAGAGUCCCGAUGAAGAGAGGUCCGGACAGUGGUUGAGGAGAAGGAGGCUGGAUGGGGCGCUCAACAGAGUGCCACAGGGGUUCUAUCAGAGGGUGUAUAGGUUCCUAGACGGUGUCAAGGAAGGUGUGUACGUGGCCCAGCGUCUGAUACCACACAGUCUGUGUCAAGAGAUGACCGCCGGAGAGACCAAGUUUGCACUGCAGGUGGAGUCGGUGCUCACCCAGAUCCCGGAGCCCGAGUACCGCCAGCUCACAGUCGAGGCCCUCAUGGUUCUCACACUCCUACCCGACCACGGAGCACCCCUACCCGAUCGAGUCGUGGAAGUAGAACGUCUGGUUCACCACGCCAACGACCUCUUCCUCGAAGACCAGCGCAGGGACCACGGUGAUGCCACGUUGUGUUGUGCGUGUACGCCAAAACGCACAAGGCCUGAUGGUGCAUUGGAGUGUGGCGGAGCGGCUUAUGUCUGUCGGCAUUUCUAUGAUUCUGCUCCGAGUGGAAGGUUCGGGACGAUGACGUAUUUGUUGAGGGCGACGGCGCAGACGCUCAACUGUCUGCCGGGGGAUGGGGAUGUGGACUGUAACAUCUGCUAGAUGAUGUGGGAAGGGCUGAUGUAGGCAGAGAGUUAGGGGAAGGACUGUAAUAUCUACUAGGACUGAUGUCUGUAGGCAGUUGAAGGAAGGGAUGGGAUUUCUGCUAGAGGCUGAGGGAAGUGCUGAUGCACGCAAAAAUUUGGGGGCGGAACUGUAACAUCUGCUGGACCUUGAGGAAGAGACUGGGAUGCUUGGCAGACGUUGAAUGGUUUGCUGCAGGAUGGCGAUGUGGACUGCAACAUCCACUAGAGAGUGAGGGAGGGUUUGACUGCUUGGCUAGGAAGGAUAUCUAGGGGGAUGAAGGAAGGAUUUUGACGUCUGAUAGGAUUGAAAUGCUGAAUAGAACUUCGCCGUCUCAUAGGCAUUGAGGGAAGGAUUAUGGUGCCGGUCAGACGUUGGGAAAGAUUGUGGCAUCUUGAUUGAGGUUGUAAGGAGGGACUAGGCUGCCUGAAAGAAAAGUCCGAGGGAAUUGAAGGAGGGUGCUCAGACUAGAACAUCUGCUGGGAGUUUGGGAAUGGAACGGAGGGAUUGAGAACGAACUGUGAAAGGCACUGUGUUUCUGCUAGGUAUGUUAGGCCAUUCACUUGGUGACUAGAGAUGAAUACUUUGUGCUCUUCCCCUUCUCCUUCGUACCGGCGUCAACGCAGCGCUGAACCCUCGCGUGUUUACAGGAAUGUCCCUAGUCUGAUUUCUUAGUAUUCUGGGUCAUGUUUUGCUUUCUUUGAUGCGUUUUGAUGUGCUAAAUAGCGAGUAGAUACUUGGGGGUAGUAGCUUUGUAUUAAUCACGUCAGCACUAGAUAUGAUUGACGUCAUUGACUUGUGUGAUGUCCGCGUUUGAGCUGCUAAACUGUGCCAUAUAGAUCUGCUUAUGAUAUUAGUGACAUCUAUUAUCAACCCCAGUAAGCUAUGAUUUAUCCCCGCGUCCCAUGACUAUAGCUAUGACGUCAUUGGCGACACUGAUAAUGUCAUUGAUGACGUGGCACUUGCAAUUUAGUCGAGUUGAACUUCGAACACCGUGUCUUGAAUUCGCGGCCUUAUCCUAGAACUCUUGCGUUUAGUUUGAUUUUGUCAUGCUAAUCUUGCCUUUGGGACAAUAUGUGUAGUGUGCUCUUGAUUUUUCCGUGCUAGCCCUGCUGCUUUUCUUUGUAGGAAGUGAAGUUUGCUGUCUCUGGAUCUUAAAAAUAAGCAUGCCUUAACAUUUAAACUAACCUUUUGUCUUGCUUGUGUCGUAGCUCGAUUUGCUGAAAUGCUCACAGUGAAAGUGUGUGCUGGCUAGCGUAAGAGAAAAUGCACAUGGGCACGUGCCUUUGAAAAAUAUUGGUGUCGGUCAAUCGUGCUGGGGGCCUGUUACAUAACGCUGGAUGGACGGAGUUGCGUGACUCUUUGUUAUUUGGGCGUUCAUUCAGAUCAAUCGUAAAUCGUUUUUGCGUUUUUCUGGCUCGCAAAAAGUUCGACUCUCAUGUACGGUUUCUGAAUUUAACUUGAGGCUGCUGUCUUUAUGUCUUAACUUUUUCGAUCCAGCAUUAUGGCACAGACCGGAGGCUAACCAGUCGAAAGCUGUGUUUGAACGGGUUGACUAAUCGCAUAGUAUCCGUAUUCGUAGUGUAUUUGCGGGUACGUACACCCUAAUCAGGUGUAGGAGAGGCUAUCAGUUCCCCUUUGUGCCAUUAUGUGAGGAGACGAUGGGUAGGGUUGAUCCUAAAAUGCGUGCUGUCAUACUCGAAGCGUGCUAUGCUAUCGGAUUAAUCUUGAAAAUAUCGUAAAUACGUCGUGCGUGCGUGAUUAUAAAGGCCAGUUUUGAACAUACUCAAUAUAGUGCGUCUGGGGAAUAGCAGCUUACUUGCGCUAGUGUGCCGUGUAUAGUGCAUUCAUUUGCGAAACCUUGGUCUGUUGUUUUGAGUGAAAUCCCAGAGAUGCUUAGUCAGUAUAUGAUUCAGGGAUCUGACGUGUGUCAGCUGAUCCAAGAAUUCACCGAGGAGGACCUGUCCCAGUGGAAAAGGCUUGGAAAAGGCGACGUCAUUGCUAUGACGUCAUGUGAACCCAUGGCGGUAUGCGACGGGUGCACCGUGCGCAGUAGAAUACCCUGCCAGUUGCAUUGUAGUAGAAUGCCCUACCAGGUGUUCCGUCUUUCGCACAGAAGAAUGAAUAAAUGACUGGGAAUGAA